CUUUGCCGAGUGUCUGUAGGGCGUCCCCAAGGCUGCGUUCAUGUGGAAAGGAAGCUAGGCCGCUACUGUAUUCGUACAGACGUUUCGGCCCCUUGUAUUUGCCAAGAUGGCGGAGACUCAGUGUGAGGUAACGGAGGAAGACAGUGAGGCUGAAGAGGAGGGAGAAGAGGCAGCGGAAGCCCCUGCGCAGCAGAGAGAAGCUAAAAAGCCGGUGGAUAUUCCUGUAGCCGGGAAGUAUAAAGGCGCCACUGAUCGGGGCUCGGUAUUGCCACCUCGGGACACUGCUCCUAAACCCCUGAGCACCGGCCUUCUCCCUCCCCCUCCCAGUCUGGCCUCCAAGAGACCCUCUCCGCUUCCAGUAUCCGCUACAUCCUGCGGGCCCUCGCCUACACCUGUCCCAAGGCCCAGCCCGGCAGCCAUGUAUCGGGGAGGAGAGCCGCUGUACAGUUCCCCAGUAGCGCCUCCAGCACCGCCUGCCCAGGCCCUAUCCAGCGGGAUCAACCUGUUCGCUAACGAUGGCAGCUUCAUGGAGCUUUUUAAGAAGCAGAUGGAGGCGAAGGCGGGCGAGGGCAGCAGCAGUGCGGCCAGUUCCGCAGGGGAGGGGCAGAAGAACGCGGAGAAGAGCGCCGAGGCAGAGAAGAGGAGGCCCAUUAGCAUUGUGGGCAAGCGUAGAGGAGGGGCAAAGCUGGCCCUGAAGACGGGAAUUGUAACCAAGAAGCCAAAGAAUGAAGAAGACGAGGUUGUAUCAAACAAAGGAGGGGCCUGGGCCCAAUACAUGGCGGAAGUGAAGAAGUACAAAGCCCACCAGUGCAGUGACGACGACAAAACACGUCCGCUUGUCAAAUAAUAAUAAAUCAGAGGGACUGCACAAGCCUUCAGGGCGGCAGAUUUGAAGCCACUAAGACGACAGUAUCGUUUUUCCCCAACCCUUGCAACUGUCAUUUGUGGGCCCAUGGUCUAAGGGUUUCCGGCAGACCCCUAGCACCACAGCUCGUCUUGCUUCCCCCACUUUAUGCUUUCAGGAUACAGAGACUCUUCGUUUUUCCAAUAGGGAGAAAGGACCCCCCCCAAUAACCUUAAAGUCACAGUACUUGUGAUUCCCAAGAUGAAUCUACUUCUGCCUUUGCCGUUUGUUAAGCAGCAAUGAAACCCACUGCCCCCCGAUCGUCGCUGCCUCAGUUUGCAGCAUAGAUAUCAUCCUCAUUUUAUUUUUAUAUUUUUUUUGCGUGUGUGGGGAGGGGGGUUACAUAUAGUCUUUUCCCCUUUAUUUUGUAAAAAUGGCAGUGUUCAGAUAACAUGUAGGAUAAUGUGCUAUUAAACCAAUAUUA